CCUAGAACAAUUCUUGAUCAUUACAGAAUAAAGUAUGCAACGGGAAGAUUCUCGGAGAGGGAUUUUUCAACUGUAUUCCACUGACAGACUGUUCAAACUCAUGUACUGCACCCACUAUUCUUAUCUGUUCCUUCCCUGCAGCUAUAAUAGCCACGGACUAUAGCGAGCCUUCACUCGACAUCCAGAGCUACCAAAGCAGAACAUCAGAGAAGAAAAGCUUCAGCUUCGGCUCCUUCUUCUUCUUCUUCUUCUUCUUCUUCUUCUUCUGCUACUUCAUUCAUACAGGCACUGAACAAACAAUGGAGAACAAAUCACCAUCCUCAUGCGUCAGCCCAGCACCCACAUCCACCAUGUCAGCCGGCGAGAGCAGCUGGGCGGUGCACAUCGCAAGCUUCCUCGCGUCGUCACCGCAAGACAGAGGGAUGGAUCAGCAAGCAGCAGUCUCUGGUGGUAGCUUCUCCUCCGGUUUCUCUUCUUCGUUCAAUUCCUUCGACGACGAUGUAUCCUUCAUCACGUCUGAGCUGAUGUGCGAUGACGACGAAGAAGAUGAGUCUCUACAGGACACUGCCUGUUCUUCUGCAGCUGCCACAAAGGUAGCUACCAUGGAAAAUUUUGAUAUCAAGGCGAUGCCAAUCAUGGAUGCGAAAGAGUUCAACAUGCCCCAGCUGGCCAAGUACUUUGAAGCUGUGGGUUCACAACAACCAGUGACCAAAGCGGAUCAACAACUGAUCAAUAGUUAUAGUAACAACGCGAAGGCACUGUAUGAGAGUAACGAGCUAAGGAAGAAAGGGCUUUGCUUGGUCCCUAUCUCCAUGUUGAUAAACUAUCUCGGAUGAUUAAAGUUCAUGUACUACCAUUAUUCAAUGUAAUUGUAUACAAUUAUAUAAUAGUUCAUACAUCGCACUCUUCUGUCAGCUAAGAGAACCUACUCCCAUCCAGCUGUUGAGCUUUUCUGAUCAUACCAUUCAAACUAAGAGGAAAAGAAGUAUUCAACUAUGAAAAAAAAGAAGCAAAUAAGCAAAACAAGAUAAUCGAGUACAUGGCGGUGAGAAAAACUUCUGAGGGAUAAGGGUACCCACGACCCCCACCAAUCACGCCCGACUGUGCCGUGUGGGCUAAGGUAUGAAGACGCGUGGAGCACAAGCCAGGAGGCUGGGCGAAUCAAUUCAGCCCGUAUAUCACGGGAUAUUUGUUGUAAACCGACUCAGAUUGCUUUCCAUGUAACAACCGACUAGGAUUAGAUCCUAUCCUAUCCGAUUAUAACCCUAUGUCAUCAGCCUAUUGACGCCCCUGAGGGCAGAUCGACUCUUCG